CUUAACAGUAUGGAACUCAAGCCAUAUCAGAAGAUCGGUUUGAACUGGUUAGCACUGCUGCAUAAACACGGAUUGAAUGGCAUAUUGGCUGAUGAAAUGGGCUUAGGAAAAACAAUUCAAGCAAUUGCAUUUCUAGCUUAUCUCUACCAAGAGAGCAAUACGGGUCCCCACUUGAUAGUUGUGCCAGCUUCAAUAUUAGAUAACUGGAUAAGAGAAGUUAAUCUGUGGUGUCCUGAACUGAACAUCCUUCUUUACUAUGGAUCCCAAGAAGAUAGGAAACAACUCAGGACAGACAUUAACAAUAAUGAUGUCGAUUUCAAUGUGAUUAUAACUACAUACAACUGUGCAAUAAGCAGCUCAGAUGAUCGAGGGCUGUUUCGCAAGUUGGAGCUUAACUAUGCAAUUUUUGAUGAAGGUCAUAUGCUCAAGAACAUGAGCUCUGUACGCUACCAGCGCCUUAUGACAAUUAAUGCAAAGAAUCGCUUACUGCUGACAGGGACUCCGGUUCAAAACAAUCUUUUGGAAUUGAUGUCUCUCUUGAAUUUUGUCAUGCCACAUAUGUUCAGCAGUAGCACAAGAGAAAUCCGAAGGAUGUUCUCUUCAAAAACAAAGCGUGCUGAAGAACAAAGCAUAUAUGAAAAGGAGAGGAUUGCACAUGCAAAGCAAAUAAUAAAACCAUUCAUCAUGAGAAGAGUAAAAGAUGAGGUGCUUAAACAACUACCUCCCAAAAAAGAUCUCAUUGAAUUAUGUGCCAUGUCUGAGAAACAGGAGCAACUAUACUGUGAUCUCUUAAACAAGUUCAAGAAAACUAUUAACAGUACUGAGAAAAACUCUGAUAUGGGAAAUGUCAUGAUGCAACUUAGAAAAAUGGCUAAUCACCCUCUCUUGCAUCGCCAGUAUUACACAACUGACAAGCUCAGGACAAUGUCCAUGCUUAUGCUCAAGGAACCCACACAUCGUGAUGCUAACCCUGACCUUAUCUUUGAAGAUAUGACAGUAAUGACAGAUUUUGAGCUGCAUUUGCUUUGUAAACAAUAUUCUCACGUCAGUGACUUCAAGUUAGACAUGGAUCAGAUCUUGGAUUCUGGAAAGUUUAGAGCACUGGAACGCAUUCUCUCCGACCUUAAAGAGAAGGGUGACAGAGUUGUAUUGUUUAGCCAGUUUACCAUGAUGUUGGAUAUCUUGGAAGUUUUCCUAAAACAUUGGCAACAUAGAUAUAUUAGACUGGAUGGAACAACACAGAUUUCUGAUCGGAUACAUCUAAUUGAUCAGUUCAAUACAGAUAUGGAUAUAUUUGUAUUCCUCCUGUCGACCAAAGCCGGGGGCUUGGGAAUUAAUCUGACCUCAGCAAAUGUUGUUAUUCUUCAUGACAUUGACUGCAACCCAUACAAUGAUAAGCAAGCAGAAGACCGAUGCCAUAGAGUAGGUCAGACAAGAGAAGUAAAAGUCAUAAAGCUAAUCAGUAAGGAGACUAUUGAAGAAUCCAUGCUCAAAAUCAGCCAGCAGAAAUUGAAGUUAGAACAAGAUAUGACUGCAGCAGAUUCAGGAGAAGGAGGAACCAUUCCGACAGAUAUAGCCACACUAUUAAAAGCUUCGUUAGGUCUCUAAAAUGUAAAUACAUUGUGGAAUUCAAGGAAGAAAGGUGAUGUCGUACCCCAAGGACUCUUACAUUACUGAUGAGUUUUCUGAACAUUUAUAACUUUUCGUAGUUUCUUUAUUGUAUUCCUCAUGGUAUUGGAAGUUUUUAACACCGAUAGCGUUCUUUCAAUGCUUAAAAACAUAAACAGCCCAAAUGUGCAAACAUCAGAUGCUGAAUAAACAUUAUUUUACAGAUCACUUUUCAAAAUGGGGACCUAAGUAGUAAUUGUUUUAAUAAAUCUGCUACUGCUUAAAAUUUGUCAGUAUUUUUGUAAUUAUUUCUACCUCCAAAUAUAUAUAUAUAUAAAAACUGUCUGUUUCACUGAACUAUGCGUGUAGAUUUUUUUUUACAUGUGCCUUAUUUGACAAUGCUCAAGUGUGUUUCUGCUUGUUUUGGUUCAUUUGAUGUUCUGU